UCACCAGUUCGUUAAAACCGGUGGACGACCUCGCAGUUGCCAUUCAUAACGGCGGUGCGUUAAAGAGCCAGAAAGAGAACCGAAACGACACAUCCAACAGGAAGCGGAAUUAAAGCGCACUUAAUUUAUCGGCGCUUGGAUAUCGAAUUCUCUCCCUAGCGCUUUGUUUACAGUGUCUUUGUGUUGCAAUAGAGCCGCUAUACUGUAUUGCCGGGGCAUACAGUGAUACCAAAGUUGCACCAGAGAGAGAUUUUUCUUCUCCAGUCUGUGUCUUUUUCCCAAUGAACCCAACGCACUUGGAGACUGGUGGCGAGACAAGCAUGGGAUUACUUUUGUGAUGUGGAUUGUAAUAACCUUGGAGGAAAAAAUUGCUUGCCUUCUCAACAAUGUGAGAAGAACUGCGUCCUGGAUUUUCAUAUUUCUGGAUAUCCUGAAAAUAAUCGGCAACAGUUGAGAGACGCAAUUGCUGGGCUUUCUCACUCGGGUGUUUUGCCCGCAUGUGUGUUUUGGGACCAACAUGGGUUUCUUGUUGCCCCUAUAGCUCGGACCCCGUUUGAAGAAUAAUACUCCACUCAUGUCGAACUUGCUUUCAGAGACCUUUACCAAUGCGUUUGCUAGAGUCCGCCUAUCGUCGGAUAGGGUUUUUAAAAGAUUCUUUCGCCUUAUGAAUUCAAUCAUGAACUUUGCUGUCCGCGUGCUCCAGUUAUUUAUUGUGACGCUUCUGUAUUUCUCAGCUGUCAAGAGUGCCUACAUACCCAAGGAGGGAGGCAGAAGCACGUAUGACGUGGUGCGAUUUGAUGAGGUGUACAACAAGUCUUUUUGCCGUCCUCGAGAAAUGUUGGUGGAAAUUCAGCAGGAAUACCCAGAUGACACUGAACAUAUCUUUAUCCCGUCCUGCGUGGUACUGACCCGCUGCGGUGGGUGCUGCAAUGAUGAAAUGAUGGAGUGCGUGCCCACUGUCACCUACAACAUUACCCUGGAGAUCAAAAGGGUCAAGCCACUUCGACAUCAGGGCAACUUUUUCAUGAGUUUUGCAGAACACAGUGAAUGCCAUUGUGGGCUAAAAAAAGACGUACCACAAAAAAGAGAAAAAAAACCUCGGAAGGGCAAAGGCCAAAAGGGAAAGGGAAAGAAAAACCGCGAAAAAAAACAGGAUUUUACUCAAUGUGAGCCCUGCUGUAGCACAUGUUCAGAGAGGAGAAAAGAGAGGUUUCGUCAAGACCCAGAGACGUGUUUGUGCUCCUGUAAGAACACAGAAGCCGACUGCAGGUCUCGACAGCUUGAACUCAACGAAAGAACCUGCAGAUGUGACAAACCAAGAAGGUGAACCAAACAGAGGUCCUCUCAGGCCGAGAAUGAACACUGGCAUGAAGGAAUAUUUCACCAAUAAUACACAGCACUUUGAAUUUUGAGCUAUCGUCCCCUUAUCAUUGAGCCAUCACCGAGAGAAUGAAGUUGAAUGGGAGGGGGGUUGAACGCUUAAUGAAUUGUGGUCUGUAUAUUUUCAUAAUUAGUUUGUGUAUUAAGUGGACUGAGAGACUCAAAGCACAGGAUUUGAGUUGCUGCUAAAGGGUCUCAAGCAAUGGCCUGCGAAAACGUUUCUGAUUGUGACUGGCGUGCGUAAACUCAUAAACAAACUCAACGAGAAACAUCACUGGAUUUGGGUCUACUGUGUGUUUUUUAUGUAAAUCUCAACAUCAGCAAAAGCAAACAAACAAGUCAUUUUUUAAAGGCUGCGACAAAACAGCGUUCAUCGAGAGUGUAAUCAUUCCUUUUAGUUUGAAAACAGUGAGCACAAUGUUCACGUUUUUGGAGAUGGACACAUGACUGUAAGAUUUCCACAUUUGGGAAUUCGGAAGACUGAACUGAUUCUGCUAUUGGAAUGUCACACAGUAUUGCCAUGGGAACCCACUACUGUGGUAAAUGUUUGCACCAAACUGUAACCUUGAACCAGGCAAAUCCAUGAAGAUGUUGGCCACAUUCACUCAUCAAAGGUACAUUUUUUUCGACAAGUUUGGAAACCACUUUGAGCAGAUCAUGCAACCACACUACUAAGGAUCUGAGAGGAUAAGUUUUCCUCUGGAUUUUCAGAAACUUUCUUUUGUUCACCCCAAACAAUUCAGUAAUUUAUAAUUUUCCAGUAUUCUAUCUCUUUGUAUUUAAUUUGAUCUAUUUAUGUUUAGUGUUAACAUGAAUCCUCUCACCCCUUCUGUCUGCAAAUCUCCACGGCUCUCCAUAAGACAAAAAGCUUUUUUCCCAUUCAUUAUUUGUAGAUGAACAGAGAAACAUUCCUAGAACUAAUGAGUGCCAACUGCCUUGAAUUUCCCAACAUGCUGCAAAUAUAUGUGUGUGUGUGUGUGUGUUACUCGCCAUUCUACAAAGAAUUUGUGAUCUUGUGUGUUUAUGAGGCUCUUGUUUGUGCGCAUGUGUUGAGUACGUGUUGGUCUGUGAGUGCGACAUGCUGUUGAAUAUUAAUAGCAGACAAAUGUAUAUACAGGCCACCUAGAGCUGCCUAAUGAUUAGUCACGACUAAUUGUUUGCAGAAUAAAAGUUUUUGUAUACAUAUUGAAUAUGUGUGUAAUGUGUAUAAUAAUUAUGUAUAUAUAAAUGCACACAUGCAUGUAUAUAUUUAAGAAAUAUUUGCAUGUGUAUAAACAUGUGUACAUUUACAUAUAAUUUAUAUCAUAAUAAAUAAGUAUAAAUAUUUAUUAUAUCAAUAUUUUUAUCUUAAAAAUAUACAUACAUGUGUUUGUAUUUAUAUAUAUACAUAAUAUUGGUUGAUGUACUGUGUGUAAUAAUUAUGUAAACAAAAACUUUUAUUCAGCAAACAAAUAAUCGUGACUUAUCAUUAGGCAGCCCUAGGUCACACACAUGCCAUCAUUAUUUUUGGCUAGAAUAAGAUCUAAUUUUAUGCCCAACAGUGGUCUGAUGUUAUUAGAAAUGUCCUGUUUAAGCAUUAUUUAUUUACUCCUGUAAAUAUUAACAUCUGUGUAAUCUAGUAAAACAUAUAUUUAUUUUCGCAUUUUAUUGCCCUUUUCUAUAAAACUUUGUUUGAGAAAUCA